AUGCGUGCCGCCGCGGCCGGGAACACGGGGUGCCCCAGCCGCCCCGCCCACGGGGCCGCUGCCGCACUGCCCCCUGGGACGUGGAGUUCUCCGCCGGCGCAGUCGGGCGUACGGCAGCAGCAGGAAAACAACAACUCCCGGGAUGCAGCUCGGCGCGGUCUGGCUCAGUUACGCUCCCGAACGCGGAAACGUGGAGGCGGUGUGGAAGUGACAGGGCUGGGCGUGCUCCCGCGCCCCAUGGCUGCGGUCGGCGCCUACCGCUGCAUCGAGUGCAGCCGGGAGGCGGCGGAGCUGUACCGGGACUACCAGCGCGGGGUGCUCCGUAUCUCCAUCUGCAAAUCCUGCCAGAAACCUGUGGAUAAAUACAUUGAGUAUGAUCCUGUUAUCAUCUUGAUUAAUGCAGUUUUAUGCAAAGCACAAGCAUACAGGCACAUUCUUUUCAAUACAAAGAUAAAUAUUCAUGGGAAGCUCUGCAUAUUUUGUUUGCUCUGUGAAGCUUAUAUCCGGUGGUUGCAACUACAGGAUUCAAGCCAAAAUACAGAUCCUGAUGACUUAAUCAGAUAUGCCAAAGAAUGGGAUUUUUAUCGAAUGUUUGGCAUAGCUUCUUUAGAACAAACUUCAUUUUUCAUUGGCAUUUUUAUUACUUUGUGGUGGAUGACACCUGAGAUGCUGAAAAGAAAGUCUGACUUCAUUUUACUUCUCAAAGCACUGCUGUUGUCCACCUAUGGAAAGCUUCUGCUAAUUCCAGCUGUUAUUUGGGAGCACGACUACACGCCUCUGUGCCUUGCGUUUAUAAAAGUGUUUGUCUUGAUAUCAAACUCUCAGGCAAUUAGAGUUACCUUGAACUUGAACCGAAUACUCCCUUGGUUUGCCAUCUUCUUUGGAUUAAUUUUGGAGAAUGGUGUGGUCUGUUUGUUCCAGAAAAUGGGAUGGGAUGUUUGAAAUGUCAGCCCAGUGAAGAGAUACCAACAAUAUGAUGAUAAUUUUCUAAGAAUGAUCUCCGCCAGCAGGCUCCAAAACCACUCUUUUAGUAGGGAUAAAGAAGGCAAUAGAUAACAAAAAAAAAAAAUUAGAAGUUUGGCUAUUUACUGUUCUGAGCCAUAAAACUUCAGCCUUAGGUUGUUUAUUUUCCCAUUAAAAAUACGAAUGUCUCAUAUCCUAACAGUUUUAUAAAUCUGGCUGCAUAGCUGUGGCUAUAAGAAGAAAAAACCUGCUACCAAUCAGUGCAUUUUGGCAGAGAGAGGAGGAUAAAUUGUUCCCUUAAGAGGAAGGGAGUCAGUGCAAAAAUGUAAAAGCCCAAAUUUAUAUUUCUGCUAAACCAGAUUUUCAAAGAGAGAAGUGAACAUUUGCAAAUAGUUUAUUAGGGAAAAGACAAGUAUUCCAGAGUGAAACUACAAUGGGAAAACCAAACUGCAUUCUCUGGAAUGUUUGUAUAACAAUCCAAAAUAAUAAAAUAUCUAGUUCUAGAGUAAUCUCUAGGAAUGAUAGGUUUAUACUGGCUUGAAAUCUUAGGUGAUGUCAUAAAUACUUGAAGUUUUAUGUGAUCUCAUAAAUACUUGAAGUUUUAUGUGAUCUCAUAAACGCUGCUUUGUUCUGAAAGCUGAAGAGAGAGUGAAAGGACUGGUCCCCAACUUCCAGGGUUGUUCGGGAUACCGCUUCUCCUGCAUUUAAGUCACAUCCCCCCCACCCAGUCCUCAUCUGGCUGUACAUCCAGUGGAAGCAAAAACUGAAACGUGAGGCCAUUCAGCAAUAGAACGGUACUUUUAAAACAAACAAACAAAAAUGUUUAGGCCUAAAUUAAUGAAGAGACAUUGAUAGAAGUUCUGCACCUCAGCAGACAAAAGGAGAGCUAAGUGGCCCGCAAAGGAACUGACAGAAUCAGUUUCCUCAAGACAGUAAUAAGGACACAAACCCACUUUUGCGCAGACCAGUUUCUGUUCAUCCCAUCCAAUAUUUAACUCUCCUGCUUGAGUGCUGGAACACUGUACUGUCCAUAGGGAUUACUUCCAUUCUUUGUUUUCCUCAGAUGUCGUCUCAUGUCUGUGUUUUCCAGAAUGAAUCAAAAAGCAUUUUGCAACAUCUUCAAGUUAAUUCCCAACAGGCUUUGAGUAAGUCUAGAUUAUGACCACAGAAGACAUCAAACUUGUUUGUCUGAUGGAACUGCCCAUGCUAAAUGCAAGUUACUUGAUCAGAAAAGCAAAUGGUUGCUGAUUCUCUUUUAUGAAAUCAAAGGCUGACAGCCCUUUUGUUGUUUGUGUUACACUUUGCAACUUCCUGAGCAUGUCAGAUAAAGCAAAAAACCCCAAAUUGCAACAUUUUUAAGUAUGUGAGAUUCUUUAUUUGAUUGGUAGUGAAUUAAUUUCCCCAAGCUGAGUCUGUUUUGUCCGUGACAGUAACUGGUAACUUAACUCUCCCCAUCCUUAUCUCGACCCGUGAGCCUUUCCUUUUAUUUUCUCUCCAGCGCCUACCUGGGGAGUGACAGAGCAGCUUUAUGAGCAUCUGACAUCUGGACUGGGUCAAUCCACCACAACUCUGGAUGUCUCUUCUGAAAAAUGUGCACAAUUUCUAAUGCCAAUUUUGAUUGUCUAACAAUGUCACAACAGUGCUUUGGUUUAUUCUUCUUAGCUUAUAGUUGUUGGCGGUUUUUUUUUAUAUUUAUCAUAUGUGUCAUGGUUAUCUAUACACCCCACAAAAGGGAAUUUUUGUUUGGUUUUUUUUCAGAUAUUUGGUCUGGCACAGGUUUCAGUCUAGAGGCUGAGUGGAGCCCAUUUAGGUGUAACUGAUGCAGGUUUUUAUAUGUAAACAUGAUGUCAACAGCAAAAUUGUAAAUACAAUGUAUAUUAGUUUUAUUUGAGGACAGUCUUCUUAAAUUAAACAUUAUUUUGAAUUUUUAAAAACUGAUUUCAGGUAUUUUUUGAGGUUUUUUUCAGAACACCGAGAAUGAACACAAACACAUUCUGAAAGAAGCAGUGUUUACCUGGUGUGCCACAUACGCUGAUAAUGUAUUAGUUAUGCACUCUGUAAUGCUGCCAGGAGUCACCACUGCCCUUACACAAUUCUGAAGCAAGAGAAGACAAUUAAAAGCUCCAGAGCUGUGGAACAAAAGCAGGUGUGGUACAGGUUCUCAGUCUUCAGAGGCAUUAUUAGUAAUGUAGAGCAUUCAGCAUUGUUUGGUGUUAAAGCUACUCAUUUACCAAAACUGACCUGACAAAUACACUUAAUAUAUCAUAAAUCUAGGGGGAGCUUAAGGACACCCACUGGGGGAGGGCAGAUGAGUGCAUUUUUUACGCUUUUGAAAGAGAGAACCUCUGCAGAGAGAACCAAAGCUCUGCCUGUUUAAAACCGUCACAUCUGUCUUGCUUUUACUCCUUUUGGUCUUUUGAACUCAUCUUUUUUCCAUAAGCUUUCUAUAAUGUAACAGUUACCUGUGCUGGAAGAUGGAUGGCAAAUAGCCCUUUCUAUGUAUCAUCAUUUGUUUCAUUAACUUACAGGAGAGGAUUUAUUUGAGUUAAAAUACAGCAGCCUGGACAUGAACCUCUAGAAACUCUUUGAGUUUUGCUUGGAAUCAGACGGGGUAUUGUGGCCUAUGGAGCAAAUUCACAGCUCCAUUGCAUGAAACACACAGGAGAAGCAGGGGUGUUAUUGAGACAUGGAUUGAGCAAUGGCUCAGUGAUUGAGCAGGGGGAGCUGGGAACUUCUGUGGGUCCAUGGGCCACGUAGCAAGUAUUUAGAAAUCAGUGUAUGCAAAAUCAGAGAAUUACCAUAAAAACUAAGGAGAGUUAAAAGAGAAGGCAGGAGUCUGGCAGACUUCUACAAAAUUAAGGUGGCAAUAAAAACAAAGGAGAUAGCAUCUCAAGGAAAAAAUAUGUUAGAAAAUACACUCAUAAACAUCAAUACUGUAUAUCAUCAAGCAAAUAUAAAAACACCCUACUCCCAAUUUUACAAAUUAUGAACAUGAAAAAAAGAGUAGUAUUUAUUGCAGACAUUUUUGUAAUAGUCUAAGUGACAACAUGACAUACCAAAAGAUGACUUCCAACCAGUAAAGUCUAUGAGAUUCCCUAGAAAAAAUACCAGUAACCACAUUACUUCAAUGGUUUGCACUACAGCCUUGAAAAUACACUUUUAUAAGGCAGAAUUACCAAGUGUACACUGAUAGAAUUAGUCACUAAAUAGGAAGAGCUGUGCAACAGCAGAGCUAGCUUCUCCCUUUAUUCUGCUUCAGUGUGUGCUGCAUUAAGCUUUGCUGGUGCAAGGGCUACUACCCUUGUGACCUCCUGUACGUACAGACAAGGGAGCCCUUUCUUCCACACUGAGUCCUAUCUCAGAGGCAUAUAAGCUGCCAUUUGUUACCCCAGUCUUCACCAAACUGAAAGUAAAGUAGGACAUCUGUACUGGAAAACUAUUAGCUGAUUUCUGAUAAAACAAGCAGGCCCUUGUUUCUCAGGGGCUCGCCUGCUUUUGCAUUCCUUGAGCCUCCCCAGCCCGGUGGUGUUAAGCACUGCAGUGCCAUCUGGAGUUGAUAAGGAAACCUCUCUUGAUAAGGAAACCUCUGUUGAUUUCAAAACUGGAAGGAACACACAGACACUCUCACAUGUGUGUUCUUGGAUUAAUUUUGUUUUUUUUUUUUUAAAUGACAAAUCCCAGCUUUUAAGAAUGAACAUCCAUCUUCAGUUUGGAGAAAUGUGAGAAUGAAAUUAGUGAUGAAAAACAGGUCAUAAAAUAUUUGUUUUGGUGACUUGGUACCAAGGUCAAUUCAAGAUACAACCACAAAAGCUAUAAAAUGCAAAUUAUUCCAGGAUGACAUCUCUUAAAAACCUAAAUAGUCCCACAAGCUGGGGUUAUUCUGAGUCUUGUCGAGCUCUGCAAAAAUUCAUGUGGCAAGAGAGAAUGAAUGCAUUCCUCCACUGCUAAAAAUCAAUAGGAUUUUUGUUUAUGAAUUAAUUUGAAACUCAGGCUUCUGCAGUUAAAAUUUGCAGGAAGCUGUAUAUAACAAGAUUCUCAUUUUCUCUCCUGCCUCUUAGCUAUUCUGACCUUCUUAGUCUUUCCAGUAACGCUUAUUAUAUUACUGAGGUGGCAAAAAAAGAAGAUAUGAACAUAAGGAGCUUCAUAACAUGAUCUGCUGUCCUAAAUUUGUAGAGUUUUUUUUGAGCUCUGUGUAGACAAAUGACAGGUCUGCAGCAACUAAGGAAUACUGUUAAUGAUGUUUUAAUCACUAUUCAUUAGAAUAAUAGAUAUUGUUUGGGUUUGUUUGGGUUUUUUACCCUGGGUAAAAAUGUGGUUUAAAUUCCUUUACAUAGAAGCAUUAGAGUGUGAAUUUAAGACUUUUCACAUGUGCUGGGUGCUGCUGAAAUAAAUUCAGAUGAUCCCCUUGA